CAACGUUCAGAUCAUGUACUCUUCAGCUCGAUAUCCUGGAACCCAGGUUCCGCCCCGUUUUCACCAAUUGCACGACACGCUUCACUUCGAACUGGGCAAGGCUAGAUACAUUGCUUGGCCUUCGGUCCAGGUGAGGUCGCUUCCCUAUAGCCGUGAUUUAAACUGAUAAAUCUGAUGAAUCCAGACUUCUACGUUCUUGCCAUCCAUCGAUCACGCGUCUCUAGUAGCCGUCAUCUCCACUCCAGCGGAGAAGACGAUGAACGCUGCGUGGCUCAAAACAUAUGUCCAGCAGCAAAUGGAGGUUGACGAUGUGUUCGACACUGCUUUCCUACAUGGGAUCAUCUUCACAGGAAGCGGCCAGGAGCCAGAUGGUCUAGUCGCUGCAGACCUGAACGCCCUUCUGACAUCAUGGGGAACUACUUGGUCAAAAUACAUGGCCGAAGAUAGACCACACCGACCAGCUUCUGGCUUGUACGUAUGGAAAGCCAAUGCUUUAUGGCGUGCUUACAGGUUGUUCGACGAUCUAUAUGGAUCUUUCAUGACAGCCACGCGCUGGUGCCAGACCUCUCGCAAGUAUUUCCAUUUGCGUGUCAGCGGUGAAGAAUAUCAAGCUUUGAGUGUUAUGAUUCCAUCCCGUAUAGGCUCAUCUCAUUCGGAAGCGGAGCCUUUGGCCGGACUUCGAUUUGCCGUGAAAGACAUGUAUAGGGUCAACGGGUUGCGGAACACGCUUGGGAAUAGAGCUUACUAUGACGUGAACUGCCCUGCCAUAACCACCGCGGCUGCUGUGCAAAAGCUCCUUGAUCAGGGGGCUUUUCUGGUGGGAUUGACCAAGCUGGCUUGCUUUGCUGCUCGUGAGGAGCCUGCCGAGUCGGUAGAUUUUCAAGCACCGUUCAAUCCCCGUGCAGAUGGUUAUCAAUCUCCUGCUGGUAGUAGUAGCGGUAGUGCAGCUGCCAUUUCAUCUUAUGAUUUUCUGGACUUCACCAUCGGUACGGAUACAACCGGCAGCACUAGACGACCGGCUUUUUUUAACGGUUGCUUUGCUUUGCGCCCUUCUCACGGACGACUUCCACUCGAUGGGCUACAAUUGACCUCUGAGAAAUUUGAUGUGCCUAGUUUGUUUUGUCGAGAUAUAGAUCUGUGCCAGAAGGUUAGCAUAGCUUGGCUGGGCCCAGAUCAAGUUAUCUCAAACCUGGAGAAGAAAAAGCCGCCACUUCUUCUAUACCUUCUGGAUUAUCUGCCAACGUCUAAUGCCGAUCAAAUGGCGCUUCUAGAUUGUUUCGCUACUGACUUGGGAAUGAGUAUGGGAACAGAGGUUGUAAAACUGUCUAUUGCAGAUUCUUGGAAAGUAAAUGGUCCGGCCGAAGCUCACGGCAAGACGAUCGAUGAGUAUUUUGAAGAGGUCGCUACUCAGACGUUCCUGUUCGAUUUCUAUCACAGCUUCCAGCAGUUCCGGGAUGACUACUUCAAUAAGCAUCACAAGAAGCCAUAUAUAAAUGACUUCAUUCAAUGGCGAUGGGACUUAGGCAAGUCGAUCACUCCAAGGCAAAGAAAUGAGGCAUUCCGUAAAGUGGAUGUAUAUCGAAAAUGGAUGCUAGAAGAAAUUCUAUGUCAAGAUCUGCGGGAAGCGUUUGUGAUUCUACCCAUUGCGGAAGCUGCACCGAAUUACCGCAAUGCGCAGCCAGGGCCGUAUUUCAAGCAGAAUGCUUUCGAUGCCUUGUUUCUAGCCCCAAUUCUAGGUGCGCCCGAGUUUGUAGUGCCAAUUGGCCAAGUCCCAUACGAGUCUCGCAUCAGCGGUCUGGUCGAGCAGCUGCCAGUUGCUGUCUCAGUCCUUGGCCUCCCUGGCACUGACACUCGCCUCAUAGAAGUUGUGAGGCAGUGCCUCAACGAGACAGGCAGGCCAACAACUGUUCAGACUGGUAGACACAUGUUUCCAACCGAACGAAAUAACUGAGAGGCGACUAGGGGGCAGGGAAUUAAUUUGAGACCGUGACUGAGACUGAGGCUAAGACUGAGGCUAAGACUGAGACUGAGACUGAGGCUGAUCUAGAGGCUCGGGUUCGAGCCACAACACUAACUUACUUUCGCGUUCGUAUGCUAUGAUUUUCCGAACUUGAAA